AUGGCCGAGGACCAGACGGCGCAGGAGGCAUGGACGCUCAUCACCAACCUCUUCCUUGACAAUCAGAUGACCCACGCCGUAUACCUCGAGGCGGAGUUCCGUGGUCUUGUGCAAGGCGACCUCUCCGUCACCGCCUACUGCCAUCGCCUCAAGGCUCUCUCGGACGCCCUCGGUGACGUCGGCACCCCCGUCUCCGACCAGACCCUUGUCCCCAACUGCCUCCACGGACUCAACCCGUGCUUCUCCGACAUUACCACCAUUGUCACACUGCAGAGCCCCCUGCCGUCGUUCACCCAGACGCGCUCCCUUGUCACUUUGCGCGAGACCCAGCUCGCGAACUCCUCGGUAGUGGGCAACCAGACCGCCCUCUAUAGCGGUGGCCCGUCCCAUGGCGCUGGCGGCCACCAUGGUGCUGGUAGCUCCAACUCCUCUGGUCAGUACCACGGUGAUGCCAACCGGAACAACUCCGGCGGCAACCGCAAUGGUGGCAAUUGGCGCAAGAAGAAGAACAGAAACAUCAACAACAACAACGGCGGCUCUUCUGGCGGUUACCGACCCGGCGUCGCUCCCUCCUCUGUUGGCCCGUGGGUCUGCUUCAACCCUCUCAUGGGUCAGCAGUUGUAG